AUGUUUGAGCCAAUUGAGACCCUGAGUCACGACGAGAAGCCCGUGCCGGUCGUUGCCACCGCAGUGGAGAUUCCGGGAGAAGAUAUCGACCCUCAGCAAUAUAUUCCCGAGAAUAACUGGAAGAACGCGACAUCUCAUCCAGUAAACUCUACGUUAAAUGAGAUCUUUGAUCAACACGUUCUCGAGCGUCCAAAUGCCCUUGCCGUCUAUGCCUGUGAUGGUUCAUAUACAUACCGCGAGCUGGCAGAGCGUUCAGCAGGUAUGGCCUACGAACUCCGCCAGCGGGGAGUAAAACCCGAGGUCCUGUCAGCCCUGUUGUUCGAAAAGUCUAAGCUCAUCACCGUUGCCCUACAUGCGGUCCUCAAGGCGGGCGGAGCGUUUGUGCUGUUGGAUCCCAGUCUGCCUGUGGGUCGCUUGCAAGCUAUCUUUGCAGAGUCCGGGGCACAAAUGAUCAUCUCGUCGGCCGCAACGGCCGGCAUCGCGGCAAAAAUCAGCUCGAACUCGAUGAGAGUAGAUGACCAACAAAUUCCUCAUCCGUCUGUCGAGUCUUCCGAGGGGCCAUUCAAUCGGCCCGAAAACGCGCUCUACAGUGUUUUCACAUCAGGCUCCACAGGCACACCUAAGGGCUUCCUUAUGGAGCAUCGGGCGCUGGUAACCUGCGCACUGGCGUGUGGCCAAUCGCUGGGGUUGAACAAGAAUUCCCGAACGCUCCAGUUUUCGUCCAAUUCCUUUGACCUGGCGACAUUUGAGCAUCUGAUUCCGUUUGUCUUCGGCGCAUGCAUUUGCAUUCCUUCUGAAGAGGAGAGGAAGGGUGACCUCACCAAGGCCCUCCAAAAAUAUCAGAUAACCCUUGCCAUGUUAACUCCCUCGGUUAGUCGACUACUAGAACCAGAACAUCUGCCAAUCCUGAAAACUGUGAUGCUAUGUGGGGAGCCUGUGCUCAGUGAGGAUGUGUGCCGGUGGUCUCCCUAUGUUCACCUGCAUAAUGGCUACAGCCCCGCGGAAGCCGGGUGCAUUAAUAUCAUGAACUCUGCCAUGAAAGAGGACUACCCGAACAAUAUAGGAUACUCACUGGGAGUCACCCCCUGGGUCGUGCACCCGGACAACCACAAUCAGCUACUGCAGGUUGGAGAAGUAGGAGAGCUAAUCAUCCAGGGUCACACCGUGGGCAGGGGGUAUUUUGGCCCUCGUGAAAAAAGCCAGUCGACCUUCAUCGAUGCACCUACGUGGAUCAGAGAGUUUGCCCGGGAAUCAUAUGGAUCAUUGUAUAAAACCGGCGAUCUUGUUCAGUUCAACACGGACGGAUCGAUGCAAUUUCUGGGUCGCAAGGACUCCCAAGUGAAGCUCCACGGGCAACGGCUGGAACUGGGCGAAAUUGAACAUCAGCUGCGACAGCAUUUCCCAUCCCCUCACGCGAUGAUUGUCGAGUUGGUGACGGCAGAGAACCGGGAGCCCAAUUUGAUUGCGUUUGUGAGUCGGUCUCAAGACAUGACCAGUGUGAUCACGGACAAAAAUCUUUUCCUGGUGCCAGACGACCAAUUUACCGCCGACGCGAGAAGUGCUGAAAUAGCCUUGCGGGAGAAACUGCCCGCGUACAUGGUUCCCUCGGACUUCCUGCUGCUCUCCCACCUGCCUAUGAUGCCCUCCGGGAAGACUGACCGUCGGUCUAUUCGCACGGUGGCUGCAAAUCUGGUGCCGAUGGAAAGGAGGAAAUACAGCAGUAUGCUAGCGACUUCUCAGGGCCAGCCAUCGAGCAAGCUCGAAGAGUCUCUGGUGCACCUCUGGGCAUCCAGUCUUAAAAUCCCCGUCGAUCAGAUCGGCACUCAAGACAAUUUCUUUAGUCUCGGCGGCACCUCACUUGACGCCAUUCGCCUUGCUGCCAGUGCGCGCAAACUGGGAUAUGCCGGCUUGUCGUCCGCCGUGGUGUUCAAGAAUCCAACUAUCCAGUUGAUGGCGGGCAUGUUGGAGGGGGUUGUCCAACAUCCCGUGUCAAACACGCCAUCAUCAGUGUCAUUCCAGCUGGACUCAACUUUGACAGAUCACCUCUUAGCCAAAUGUCAACUGCAAGUCAAUGAAUUGGAAGGAGGCUUCCUUCCCACCACUGCUUUCCAGCAGAAGUCUGCUGGAUUGAAAUGCAUGCAUAUCACUCUGGAUAUCUCUGGCCUAGAUCAUUCCCGGUUGGAGGCUGCUUGGGAGACUGUUCAAAAGAAACACAUCUCCCUUCGGUCCGUGUAUGUUACUCAUAACGGCUGUGUCUACCAAGCUUUCCUUCGCCACCCCGAAAGCGCAAUUUCCAUCCAAGAUUGCGACAAUCAGCCGGUAAAGGAGGCUGCAGCGAGCUUUUGUGACCGUGAUGCCGAGCCCGUCCUCAAUGGGACCCGUUGGUGGAAGCUAACGAGAAUCAUCCACAAACAAGACAACCGCAGUCUGCUCAUUAUCCGCACCACCCACGCGCAGUUUGAUGCCAUGACGCUAAAUGUCAUGUUUAAAGACUUUAUGGCCGCCUUCGAGGGCCGUGAAUUAUCCAAAUGCGAGCUGCAAUUCUCCGAUUACAUGAUAAGUCGUGUAAAACAAAACUUGUCUUCCCCAGCGAUCGACUUUUGGACCCAAUUCCUACAUGGUUCCCAGAUGAGUCAACCGGUAUUCACGGACAAGUCCUCCACUGGCCUGCCUCCGGAUCAUGUUGGCAUGGUGUUUGUUAUGCGCCCAAUUACCCUGACCCCUCUUCUUCCCGUUGGGAUCACCCUCGCGUCUGUGUUCCGGGCUGCCUGGGCAUUUGUGCUCGGAAAAUACACCAGACAAAGCGACCUGGUUUUUGGCGAAUUCGUCGAAGGUCGCACGCUUCCUCUCGUGCAGGAUAUAGAGAGCAUCACGGGAUGCACAGCAGCGGAGACUCCAAUGCGUAUUACCAUUCCUCAUUACCAGGGGGCCACUGUUCAAGAUCUCCUCGCGCACUCGCAGGCGCAAUAUGCUACUCGGAUGCCGUUUGAAACCUGCGAGCUACCAGAUAUUGUUCCGCAUUGUGUUCCCUCUUGGCCGGUGCAGACUGCUCGGUUUAGUCACCUCCUAGUUUUGGAGAACACCGAGGCCAUUCCUCCGAUCGUUGUCGAUGGUCAGGCGUGUGCGCAUAAUUGGGCGUUUCAUGGACGCCUGGAAGAUGUCCAAGUGCAACUAGUUCCUGGGAAAGAUACCUUGCAUGUCGCUAUCCUUGGGCCGGAGAUUCGGCUGUCGCACGAGAUUGCAAGUAUGCUGGUAGACAAGCUGGCGAUGACUCUCGAUCAAUUCCUCUCGAAGCCUGAUGCAUUGAUUUCCGAGAUUCAGUGGUAG